UAUUUAAUGUUAGAAAUUCAAUUGUAUAGUUUAUUUUUUAUUUAUUUAUACACACAUUUAAACGCGUAUUUGGCCUUGCUACCGCGAACCAUGUCUAAAUUGUUGGUUGUCGUGCUGACUACGGUCAUCGGCCGUCCAUUGCUAUACCAGUUGUCUCAAAGUCGAGGCAUCAAGUACUCCUUAGGAGUCAUACACAUGCCCUCGACCAACUUCUCUGCUGAGCUGCAGCAUACGCUCCAGUCGGAGCGUAACUUUGCGAGCAUUGAAAAGCAUUCUAAUCUUGUCAAGCAACAUAGUAAAUGGCACUGGCACCACGAUCAGAGCAAGCGUCUCUUUUUUAAUUACUUGCUGCUAGACCCGCGCAUUACUAAUGGACUGAAGAAUCGUGCUAAGAGCAUGCACCAACUCGACGUAUGGCUCACUUUCUUGCGCGCUAUUUUUUAUGUGGGCAAGGGAAAGUCUACACGUCCAUACGUGCACUUGCGGCAAGCCCACAAGGUACUACGAUCGGCCAAUCCGCUUGUGCUGGCCAAAGAUCCGAAGCUGGCACUUAUUGUGCACCUUUGGAAGCAUCAACGAGGUGUCCUACUGCUGCGCGCCUUUAAAGGUAUCUCAUCAAAUGAUGCGCACACGCGUGAGGCAGCAAUGAUCGACGCCUUGGGCCUGAAUCAUUUGACAAAUAGACGCGUAGGUGUCUACUUUGGUGUGGCCCGCAGCAAAUUUACAACGGAGCAGCGUAGGCUCCUGGGAGUAGUAUUGCUCUAUAGGCUGCUAUUGAUCUACCUGAAGUACGAUGAGCGUGAGCUACAACCUGCGAAUAUAUCUGACAAUUUAACUACAUAAAGAGAAUUAAAAGAAAGUCAUUAAUUUAAAGAAAA